GUAGACUCUCGCAACGGUAGGGACACGAGCAGUGUUCGCCGCGACCGAGACAUUUUCGGCAACCUUGUAUCAGGUAACCAGAAUAAGCGAAGAUUGGGGACUUCGCACAAUUGGCGAGCUCGGCGCUCGACAGUGGUGCUGGAUCAAGUGAGCAAGCGACUGACCGAAAAUACCCAAGAAGUUGAGGUUGUGAAGACGACCAAGGUUGAAGAGGACGACUGGCAACCGUCCAAAAUUUCGUUCGCUGAAAUCCCGCUGGUCUGCCCGUUCGACAAGGAGGUGGAAGUCUCCAAGUUACGUGUCUUCCGCCCACUCGGAUCGACGAAGGCUCCGGAGAUCCCAGCUGUGAAAUCACACUCGGGGCCUUUGCGGUCGAUUCUUCGCGUAAGGCUACCUCCCCGUGCUUCGCAAGAAAGUACCAAUGCUACGGGCAGCAGCGGUGGAGAGCCUGGAUCGGCGCCACCUACCGUGCAGUCAACAGCUAGGCCUACACUCGAGCCAAUUGCGGUUCCCUCUGCCAUUCCUUCGCUCUCGGGCGAAGCGUCUGAAGAUGGAGCGGCUGAGUCACCAAUGUUUGACACGUCGAAGCUGACCAAGGUGGUAAGUCCGACCGAGAAGAGGAAGCAGGGGUUCUCUCCCCCUCCUUGCAUCCCAGCUUCAGAGCAGCCACCGCUGGAUUUCACAGAGAAUGCCGAGGAGGGCGAGGUGGUCGAGGAGGAUGCUGCAGCACCAGCGCCAGUCACGUCUCCAAUUGUUUCCGAUGAUUCGUCCUCAGAGGAGGGCGAGGUUUGGUCGACCGAUGCGGACGACAGUGCUCCGAAGGCAGAAACAGCCCCAACGAGCUGCUCUGCUGGGCCAGAAGAUGGCGGAGCGACUGCCAUGGAAUCUCCGGUUCAACAAGCCACCACGACGUCGGCUUGA